UGAGAUAUUCUUGCGUUCUAAUGAAUUCUCUGCUAAAAUCAUGCCAAAAUUCAUCAGGUGUAAACGUCGAAUUAGUCUACGAUUGCUAAAACAACUUUUUUUACUGUGUACCGAACGUAAACAAAGCAGCUGUAAGUUUGUACUUUUCGCUUUUAAUUUGGCGGGUUUGUAAAAGUUAUUGGAAUAAUCAACGAAAUACAUUCUGUGUGCCGUAUAGAUAUAUAAAUUAAUAUGACUUCAAUAAUAAAACUGCACACAAUAUCAGGAGCAAUGGAUGAAUCUCCGCCUUGCUACAUUUUACAAAUUGAUGAAGUCCGUAUAUUGUUGGACUGUGGUUGGGAUGAAAAAUUUGACUCUAAUUUUAUUAAAGAAAUUAAAAGACAUGUGCAUACUAUAGAUGCAGUUCUACUUUCUCAUCCUGAUGCAUAUCACCUGGGCGCUUUGCCGUAUCUUGUGGGUAAAUUGGGACUUAAUUGUCCCAUAUAUGCAACCAUUCCUGUAUAUAAAAUGGGCCAAAUGUUUAUGUAUGAUUUAUAUAUGUCGCACUAUAAUAUGUGUGACUUUGAUUUAUUUUCGUUAGAUGACGUAGAUGCUGCAUUUGAUAAAAUAAUUCAAUUAAAAUAUAAUCAAACUAUUUCACUCAAAGGUAAGGGUUAUGGCAUUGCGAUUACACCUCUACCUGCAGGUCAUAUGAUAGGCAGUACGAUUUGGAAAAUUCUUAAAGUGGGAGAAGAAGACAUAAUAUAUGCAACAGACUUCAAUCACAAAAAAGAACGACAUCUAAAUGGAUGUGAACUUGAACGGUUGCAUCGUCCUUCACUUUUAAUUACAGACGCUUUUAAUGCUCAGUACCAACAAGCAAGGCGACGCGCACGAGAUGAAAAACUUAUAACCAAUAUAGCACAAACCGUCCGAAAUAAUGGCAAUGUAUUAAUUUCCGUUGACACUGCAGGCAGAGUUUUAGAACUUGCCCACAUGUUGGAAACUGUUUGGAGAAAUAGGGAAACUGGUUUAAUGGCGUAUACAUUAGCUCUUUUGAAUAAUGUAAGCUAUAAUGUUAUAGAGUUUGCGAAAUCUCAGAUUGAGUGGAUGAGUGAUAAACUAAUGAAGUCGUUUGAAGGAGCACGAAACAAUCCAUUUCAAUUUAAGUUUAUUCAGCUGUGUCACACAUAUGCUGACCUCUCUAAACUACCAAGUCCCAAAGUGGUAUUAGCAAGUACGCCUGAUAUGGAAAGCGGAUUUUCUCGAGAACUUUUGUUACAGUGGGCGGAGAACUCGAAUAACAGUAUCAUAAUUACUUCAAGAACAUCUCCGGGAACCUUCGCUACGGACUUACUUGAAAAUACAUCUCCAGGUCGGAAAAUUGAAGUAGAUGUAAGACGUCGUGUAGAACUAGAAGGCCCUGAAUUGGAAGAGUAUCUACGAACUCAGGGAGAAAAGGUAAAUCGGUUAAUUAUAAAACAAGAUGAACAACAAGAAAGUAGCUCGGAUUCAGAUGAUGAUAUAGAAAUGAGUGUUAUAACUGGAAAACAUGAUAUGGUUAUUCGUCCUGAAAGCCGACAGCAUACAGGAUUUUUUAAAUCAAAUAAACGUCAUUAUGCAAUGUUUCCAUUCCACGAAGAUAAAAUAAAAUGUGAUGAAUAUGGUGAAAUCAUAAAUCUGGAUGAUUACCGUAUAGCUGACAGUGGUUAUGAAAUUAUUAACGAUGAACAGAACAAAGAAAAUUUGAAAAAAGAGGAAGUAAAGGACAAAUAUAAAACAAACAACGAUAUAGAACUGCUAGAAAAACCUACAAAGUGUAUUAGUCAACGUAAAGUUAUUCAAAUAAAUGCUCAAAUUCAGCGAAUAGACUUUGAGGGUCGGUCUGAUGGUGAGUCUAUGCUAAAAAUUCUUUCACAGUUACGACCUAGACGGGUAAUAAUAGUGCAUGGUUCCAGUGAUGCAACUCAAGCGGUCGCCAAACAUUGUCAACAAAAUAUCGGUGCACGAGUAUUUGCUCCUCAAAAGGGUGAAAUUGUUGAUGUUACAACGGAGACUCACAUUUACCAAGUACGCUUAACAGAAGGAUUGGUUUCCCAACUGCAGUUUCAAAAAGGAAAAGAUGCCGAAGUUGCUUGGGUUGACGGGCGUAUAGGCUUGCGGUCACAAGUUAUCGAUAGUGGAAGCAACGAAUUGGCAAUUGACCAAAACACCAUAUGUGAAGAAAAGAUGUUUACAUUGGAAACAUUAUCUACUGAUGAAAUUCCUGUUCACAAUUCUGUUUUAAUAAAUGAAUUGAAAUUAUCUGAUUUUAAACAGGUAUUGUUGCGCAACAAUAUAAAUUCAGAAUUUUCCGGUGGUACUUUAUGGUGUAAUAAUGGAACAGUAGCCCUUCGUCGUGUUGACACUGGAAAAGUUACAAUAGAAGGCUGUUUAUCAGAUGAAUAUUAUAAAAUUAGAGAACUUCUGUAUGAUCAAUAUGCAAUUGUUUAAUUGUUUUGUUUAAUAAAAUCUUUUUAUAAAAUAUUUAUUUUAAAUGAAAUCUAACAUUGGAUCUUCAGCACGGGUACGCUUGCGUUGCCACUCUUCUAUUUCUUCUUCUGUAGGAGGUUUUAUUUCAUAUAAACUGUUAUAUGGACGCUUCCGGUCAUCUAUUUCG